UCCCUCGUAUUUCCUUUCCUUUACUUUCCUUGGGCUUCACCCAGCGCCGUUGUCCCAUCGGUCUCCUCUCCUUUCUAAUCUCGAUUCUUCGUCUCCCUCGGUCUCCCAUCCCUCUCCCAUCGACCAUUCUCGAACACUUCAAGAUCGGAUCACAAUUUCCUCUCCAGGAUGGGUAGCAGCCAAGCCGCUGUGUCAUUUCUCACCAAUAUUGCUCGUGCUGCUUUCGGUCUCGGGGCCGCCGCAUCGGUUCUGAAUGCCUCCCUGUACACCGUUGACGGUGGUGAAAGAGCUGUCCUCUUCGAUCGGUUUCGGGGUGUAAUUGACGACACUGUCGGUGAGGGAACACACUUCUUGAUUCCAUGGCUUCAAAAGCCCUUUAUAUUUGAUAUUCGUACCAGACCACACACUUUCUCGUCUGUUUCCGGUACCAAAGAUCUUCAGAUGGUAAAUCUGAGCCUACGUGUUCUCUCUCGCCCUGAGAUUUCUCGUCUCCCCGACAUUUUCAAAACCCUAGGUCUAGAGUACGACGAGAAGGUCCUCCCUUCUAUUGGAAAUGAGGUUCUGAAGGCCGUCGUUGCCCAAUUCAAUGCCGAUCAGCUUUUGACCGAGCGGCCUCACGUUUCGGCUCUUGUGCGUGAGAGCCUUGUCCGGCGGGCGAAGGACUUCAACAUUGUGCUGGAUGACGUUGCCAUCACUCAUUUGUCCUAUAGCCCAGAGUUCUCUAAGGCAGUUGAGCAGAAGCAAGUAGCGCAACAAGAGGCUGAGAGGUCAAAAUUUGUUGUGGCAAAGGCUGAACAAGAAAGAAGGGCCGCAAUUAUUAGGGCUGAGGGUGAGAGCGAGUCAGCUAAGUUGAUUUCUGAUGCCACGUCGGCCGCUGGUAUGGGUUUGAUCGAGCUGAGGAGAAUUGAAGCAUCAAGGGAGAUUGCAUCCACCCUCGCCAAGUCGCCGAAUGUGGCCUACUUGCCCGGUGGUCAGAACAUGCUUUUGGCUCUCAAUUCGAAUCGUUGAAUGAAUUGGUAAGGGUAUCUUUGUAGGUGUGCUCAGAACGUAAGGAUGAUCUGCUGAUUGACUUGUCUCAAACUUAGAGUUCUACCCCAUGGUAUGCGUAAUGGUAAAUGAACAUCAUAGAAUAAGAGUUUUUAGACCUUUUCUGUCUCGUAAAAAUUAGUCUGAUGAUCGAACAUAUUCUUGAUUCAGCAAUUGUUUUCAUUAAGUUUUUGCCUUGUUGAGGGACUCCCUCUUCUCUUAUGAGCACGUCUUAUUUGAACAUAAGGCCCGUUUCUUUCGGUAUAAAGAAUGGAGUUUGGUGGUCUUUGUAA